AUGGCGUUCGAUCUAUGCAGAGAGUACCUUCCUCCUCCUCCUCCCCUGAAUCUGCUCAGCAAAUUGGGAGACGAUCCCCUCGUCGUGAUUCUGAUACGCCUCCCAAACCCUAGAUCAUCUUGCCUCUCCAAAACCGUCUGCAAGUCGUGGAGAACCCUCAUCUCCGAUCCCAGCUUCGAUCGCCACUUUAUUUCCCAUCACCAAACCAGUUCGUUCCGCGAAAUCCUGUUUGUGUGUAACCCUUUCCGCCUUGAUAGAUCUCUCAAGCAUAUGAUUGUAUCUCAUGCAUUGUGGUAUGCAAUGGGGCAGGGAGGUGCCACUCUCGCGGUCUCGCAAGGUGCUCUGCACAUAGUUGUAUUCGAAGUUGAAGGGAAGCUAGAAAUUGUCUUCCUUAAAUUUACGGAUCCUCUUGAUGGUCGUAUCUACUCCUGCAAUUUGAGGUCGGGGAUGGGAGAGCUAUAG